UUUAACGGAAUUGUAUGUGCGCACGCGCGUGUGUUCAAGCCAUUUUCGGUGGGAAGGAGGGUAGCUAGCUAGGACGGUGGUGCUUGCAGCCUGGCUGCAGCGAUAGUGUUUGUUUUACCUGUAAUUGCGAAUUUGGAAUAUUUAGUGUUCCUCUGUAAACAGAGAAUGUACUGUCCAGAUAGCCUCUACGAGAGAAGACAGACAUAAUUUCGUACUCUCGUUCCCGUCCUCAAGCGCUUCCUUGCACGGAGCAAUUAAGCGUCAGUCCGUCUCUCAACACUGAAGCAGCAUAGGCUGAGUGUCAACGAAUGAGAACCGUAGCGCUGGACUGCAACCUUGCGCGCGGCGGAGGAGACUAGAGCGUAGAGCGAACAGGUGGGCGAGGGGGGUCGAACGCGCGGAGCGGCCAUGAAGAUCGCAGUGGAGGGCUGCUGCCACGGCGAGCUCGACAAGAUCUACGAGACGAUUGGCUACCUGGAGCGCAAGGAGGGCGUGACCGUGGAUCUGCUGCUGUGCUGCGGAGACUUCCAGGCUGUGCGCAAUGAGGGCGAUAUGAAGUGCAUGGCGGUGCCGCCCAAGUACAGGAGCAUGCAGACAUUCUACAAGUACUACUCUGGUGAAAAGAAGGCUCCAGUCCUGACCAUCUUCAUUGGGGGCAACCACGAGGCCUCGAACCACCUGCAGGAGCUGUCUUAUGGGGGCUGGGUGGCCCCCAACAUCUAUUACUUGGGUUAUGCUGGAGUGGUGCGCUACAAAGGGAUAAGGAUCGGUGGCCUGUCAGGAAUCUUCAAAUCGCACGACUACAGGAAAGGACACUAUGAGUUCCCACCGUACAGCCAGGAAACACUGCGAAGCGUCUACCACAUCAGGAACAUUGACAUCUUCAAGCUGAAGCAGAUCCAGCACCCCAUGGACAUCUUCAUGUCGCACGACUGGCCGCGCGGUAUCUAUAACUACGGCAGCACCGAGCAGCUGCUGCGGAAGAAGAAGUUCCUGCGGCAGGAAGUGGAGACCAACACGCUGGGCAGCCCCGCCGCGGCCGAGCUGCUGGCCCACCUGCAGCCGGCCUACUGGUUCUCCGCCCACCUGCACGUCAAGUUCGCCGCCUUCGUGCAGCACCAGGCCCAGGGCGACUGUGCUCCGCGCACUACCAAGUUCCUCUCUCUGGACAAGUGCCUCCCACACCGGGACUUCCUGCAGGUGGUGGAGCUGGCAGACCGGCCUGGCUGCUCUGAGCAGCUGGAGUAUGACCCGGAGUGGCUGGCCAUCCUGAAGGCCACAGACUGCCUGCAGAGACCCUCACCCGGGCCCUGGAACCCCCCCCAGGACAACGGGCUGCACAGCAAGUGGGACUACAGUGCCUCAGAAGCGGCCAUGUUGGAGGUGGUGGGGGACCUGGGAGGGGAGCUCCAUAUCCCCGAAAACUUCUGCGUCACGGUGCCGGCCUACGACCCCAGCCGCCCCCAGCCCCAGGUGGCCCCCGCCUACGCCACCAACGCUCAGACCACGGAGCUGUGCGCCACCCUGGGCCUGACCGACGUCUACGCCAAGGCGGGGCGCGCCGCGGGCUCCGGAGAGGCAGGGGGCAAGGGCGCCUCCGAGGAGGAGGAGGAGGAGGAAGAGGAGGAGGAGAACCAGAGCACGGGCAGCGCGGAGGAGCCCAGCGAGUACCCCACCGACACCUCGGGCCUGUCCAGCUCCUACAACCCCGACGAAAUCACCAUCGAGGACGAGUGGGAGGAAGAGGAGGAGGAUGGAGGGGGUGGGGUGAAGAAGGGGGCCGGCCCCCCCAGCCUGAGCCCCGACGCCGUGGUCCCGGAGGGGCAGGGCGGCGCCCAGGACGCAGACAGCCCCUCCAGAGACCUGGCCUCCAGCCGCCUGGUCCUGCCCCCUCCCCGGCUGUCCCUCCCCCUGGACCUCCCUCCCCCCGCCCACUCCACUCCUGGCUCCGCCUCCCCGUCCCACUGCAGCCCAACGGAGGAAGGGAGCCCCCUGCUGGUGAGGAUCCCCAAGCGCACCAGCGGGGAGGCGGGAGCCCCCGGCAGCGCCGGCAACACCCCAAAGAUCAAACGCCGGAACCAGACCAUCUACACCGCCCCGGACGACGAGGAGGAGGAGAGCGAGGGGUAGAGGCAGGAGAGCGAGGGGUAGAGGGAGGAGAGGGGGAUAGAGGGGGUAGGGGGAGGAGAGAGGGAGGGAUAGGGAGAGGGGAGGGACAGAGGGAUGUGUGUGGGGUGAAAGAGAGAGAGAGAGAGACGCUGUAACGUACACUACCGCUGAGCGUGUUUUUAUCCCCAGCAGAAGGGAGGGUCCUGUAAAGAGGCCGAUGGGACCCUCUACUGGACUGUGUAUUGGGCUCUGUGGAGUUCAGAAUUAUUCUCAUUCCUGACGUCUGGGAAUGUUAAACCAGCAAGGAGUCAUUUGUUUUAAGAAGAGGGGGAUGAUUUUAUGCUUCUCCUAUGAAUUUUUUUAAAGAGAAAGGGGGGAAAUGUUUUCACUUAAUUGUGUAUUUAGUUUGAUUCCCCCCCCAAAUCAUGCGGAUUUUAACACGUCGUUCCCCAAAGAUCUAUUAUAUUUGUUGAAUUUGACCAAGAUGACGGUGAUCGCAGUUGGGGGGCGUAUGAUUUUUGUUUUUAAAUUAUACGGGUGGUUUUCAUGUAUGUUAAUUCCCCUCUGACCACUCUGUACAAAGUCUAAUGUAGAGAACAAAGACCUGUGUAGAGCAAGGCUACUCAAAUCCAGGUCCUGGGGGCCACAGCAUCCUUAGGUGUUUGAUCCAAUCAUCUACUACACCACCAGAUGUCACUAAUGAGCUCACGUCCUGGAACAAGGAGGUAGAAUACUUGGCGAUAUCUGGUGGUGUAGUACAUGGUCAGACCAAACACCUGCAGAAGCUGUGGCCCCAAGGACCUUGAGUUGAGUAGCAUCGGUGUAGAGAAACCAUUUUUUUCUCACAGAGAACUAUAAACGGUGUUAAAAUGAAUCUGCUUUGCCAUUUAUUUCACUUGUUCCAGUAAGCACUGCAGAAGUGUUCAGUGCUUGCUUUGGCCACAUGCAGUUUAUUUCCCUUGAUAGUUCUCUUGCAGUUCCACAAUGGUACUGUUUAUUUGUCUGUAACCCACAACAGGGACACACACACACACACACACACACUGUAAGCUGAAAGGUAUACACAGUGAUAGUAAUUGGCCUCAAUUCUUGUUUUUAUGAAACUGCCUGGGCUCGAUAAGUACCAGUUUAUGCACAGAACAUUUUUUAAAAUCUUGGCGUGAGCAAAUCUGCACUGAUCACCUUAACCACAGAAGAGUGUAUGUGCAGAGUUAUAUGCAAUAUUGGGAGGAUAUGCAGCUUGUUUAAACUAUUAUCACAGUCAGAUUUUAAUCAAACAAGUGCUGAGAUUAUGUAGUGCUUUUAAAGCAGUUGUCCGCAUAAAGUCACUGGCACACUGUAAUUGUUGGAUGUUGGCAUGACUUUCUCACACAUUUAAACUUUUUUACUGAUCACUUUUUAAAAGAAUUUAAAACCGAAAAAUAUGAGUGGUCCCCUGUGCUUGAAGUACAUCCACACACACCCGUCCUCAUCUAGAAUAAGAGCCCACAGUGUUUUCCUUUAAGUCUUUUAUUUGUACAGGUAAAUCCAGUGACUGUGCAGCCUAACCAGUGCUCUGCCGAGCGUUACUCUGUCCCCUUGGGUGUGGAGAAUCGGUGUGCUGCCGGGCCCGGAGCACCAGAACCCGCUCGAGCGCCCGACCGCCUGUGCCCACGUUCGGACCGGCGCCAGCCUGCUCCGGCCGGCACCCCGCGAAUCGGCCGCCACCCUACCCCGCCAGCCGCCCGAAGGCCGUGUCUAAAUUGUUUUGUUUUUUUUGGGGGGGGGGGGGGGCUUGUGUGAUGUUCCUAGGAGGCACCUCUGCACUUCAAACACAACAGAACAGUGAAAGGGGACCUGGGGGGGGGGGGGGUGUUGUUUCUCAUUGUUGUUUCACAAAGCAGGAUUACCGAAUGAGCUGGAUAACUGCGCCGAGUGAAAACCCGGAACGGCUCCUAUUACUUCGCUCCAUGCUCCAGUUUUAGGAGGAUUCCGGGUUUUACUCCGCGCAGUUAUCCGGCUGUAACUCUGUGAUCCUGCUUCGUGAAGCACGGACCUGGUGGGCGAGAUCCGGUAAGAAAACG